CCAUGUGCACAUUCCUUACACAGCACAACUAUAGUUAAAGUGUAGCUUGUCGCCAGACUAGAACAUAAGCACUAACCACCGUGUAACCUUCCGUGUUCACAGGCUACCUUCACCCAUGGAAACCCUGCAGUAAGAUCGAUCUGCUGAAUGGAAGGUUAGAGGGGCGGACCCUGGAGACUCUGGACUGAGAGAUAUUAUCGGGAGGACUCGCAUUUUUCCAAGCCACUCAUUUUCCUUUUACUGGAUCUGCAUGGCGCCCUUUUGUAAAUGCUUGGAUUUUUUGCCGGGUCUGAUAUUGAUAGUAGCGUUGGAUGUGCUCUGCAGAAAAGGGGCGAUUUGGAUUGCUGCUACUUCCCCACGAUCAGUAGCUCGGAUGGAUGGAGACAUUAUCAUAGGCGCUUUAUUCUCCGUUCACCACCAGCCGACAGCAGAAAGGGUGCCGGAUAGAAAGUGUGGGGAGAUCAGGGAGCAGUAUGGCAUCCAGAGGGUAGAAGCCAUGUUUUACACCUUGGAUCGAAUCAACUCGAACCAGAGCUUGCUACCGAACAUCACCUUGGGGACAGAAAUAAGAGAUUCCUGCUGGCAUUCCUCUGUUGCCCUGGAGCAAAGUAUUGAAUUCAUACGGGAUUCUCUCAUCUCAAUGAGAGAUGACAAAGAUGGCAUCAGUAAGUGUUUAGAUGCCACUCCGACUCCUCAGGGCAGAUUAAAAAAGCCCAUCGCAGGUGUUAUUGGCCCAGGAUCUAGUUCAGUGGCCAUCCAAGUUCAAAACCUUCUUCAACUUUUUGAUAUUCCACAGAUUGCUUAUUCUGCAACAAGUAUCGACCUCAGUGAUAAAACGCUGUACAAAUAUUUCCUGAGAGUCGUUCCUUCUGACAUCCUACAAGCCAGGGCCAUGCUGGACAUUGUAAAAAGGUACAACUGGACUUAUGUGUCCGCUGUCCACACUGAAGGAAACUAUGGAGAAAGUGGAAUGGAAGCCUUUAAGGAACUAGCCGCACAAGAAGGCCUGUGCAUAGCGCAUCACGAUAAAAUCUAUAGCAAUGCUGGAGAGAAAGGCUUUGAUCGGCUACUUAGUAAACUUCGGGAGAGACUACCAAAAGCAAGAGUGGUGGUUUGUUUUUGCGAAGGAAUGACAGUAAGAGGGCUGCUGAUGGCUAUGAAACGUAAAGCUGUACUUGGUGAAUUUCUGCUUAUUGGAAGUGAUGGCUGGGCAGACAGAGAUGAAGUUAUAGAUGGCUAUGAAGCUGAAGCCAGUGGUGGAAUUACUAUGAAGCUUCGUUCACCAGAGGUGAAGUCCUUUGAUGAGUAUUUUCUGAAUCUGCGCUUGGAUAAUAAUUCUCGAAAUCCGUGGUUUAGUGAGUUUUGGCAAUAUCGAUUCCAGUGUCGUAUUCCAGGGCACCCACAAGAGAAUACUAAUUUUAAAAAGAUUUGUAAAGGUGAUGAAAGUUUGAAGGAAAACUAUGUACAGGACAGUAAAAUGGGUUUUGUCAUUAAUGCAAUAUAUGCAAUGGCCCAUGGUCUACAUAACAUGCAUUCAGUCCUAUGUCCGGGAUUUGUUGGACUAUGUGAUGCAAUGAAACCUAUUGAUGGAAGCAAACUCCUUGAAUUUCUAAUAAAAAGCAGAUUUCCGGGUAUCUCUGGAGAAGAUGUAUUUUUUGAUGAAAAAGGAGAUGCCCCUGGAAGAUAUGAUAUCAUGAAUCUUCAAUUAAUUGAGCCAAGCGGAUACGAUUAUGUUCUUGUAGGAACUUGGCAUGAAGGAAAUUUAUCCAUUUAUGAUGAAAAGAUGCAGAUGAAUAAAAGUGAAAUGGUUCGAUCAGUGUGCAGUGAUCCUUGUUCUAAAGGACAAAUAAAGGUUAUAAGGAAAGGUGAAGUUAGCUGUUGCUGGAUUUGUACCCCUUGCAAAGAGAAUGAGUUUGUGCAAGACGAGUUUACCUGUACAGCCUGUGAUCUAGGGUGGUGGCCUAACCCUUAUUUAACAGGUUGUCAGCCAAUAGUUAUCAAAUAUCUACAGUGGAGUGAUAUUGAGUCUAUGAUUGCAGUGGCCUUCUCCUGUGUGGGUAUCCUUAUCACUAUGUUUGUCACAUUGAUCUUCAUACUUUACAGAGAUACUCCUGUGGUUAAAUCUUCCAGUCGAGAACUUUGUUACAUUAUACUAGCUGGGAUUUUCCUUGGUUAUAUAUGUCCUUUUACACUAAUAGCAAGGCCCACCACUACAUCUUGCUAUCUGCAGCGACUCUUGGUUGGUCUCUCUUCGGCCAUGUGCUACUCUGCUUUGGUAACCAAAACCAAUCGUAUUGCUCGCAUACUAGCAGGAAGCAAGAAGAAGAUCUGUACUCGAAAACCCCGUUUUAUGAGUGCCUGUGCCCAAGUUAUCAUUGCUUCAGUUUUGAUCAGCCUGCAACUAACAGUGUUAAUCACUUUAAUUAUCAUGGAGCCUCCAACGCCAAUCCUAUCCUAUCCAAGCAUUAAAGAUGUCUACUUAAUCUGCAACACUAGUAAUUUAGGACUGGUGGCUCCCCUUGGCUAUAAUGGACUUCUUAUCAUGAGCUGCACAUACUAUGCAUUUAAGACUCGCAAUGUUCCAGCUAAUUUCAACGAGGCUAAAUACAUUGCUUUCACAAUGUACACUACCUGCAUUAUCUGGCUAGCAUUUGUACCCAUUUAUUUUGGGAGCAACUACAAGAUCAUCACUACUUCCUUUGCUGUCAGCCUUAGUGUCACUGUUGCUUUGGGCUGUAUGUUUACUCCCAAGAUGUAUAUUAUUAUUGCAAAGCCAGAGAGAAAUGUCCGGAGUGCUUUUACCACGUCAGAUGUCGUGCGCAUGCAUGUUGGUGAUGGAAAAACUCCUUGUAGAUCAAAUAACUUUUUGAGUAUCUUUAGAAGAAAGAAACCCACUGCCGGCAAUGCAAAUUCUAAUGGAAAGUCUGUGUCAUGGUCUGAACCAGGUGGAAGACAAGUACAGAAGGGGCAACCCAUGUGGCAAAGACUAUCAGUGCAUGUGAAGACCAAGGAGACCGGAACGUCAAAUCAAACAGCUGUAAUCAAGCCUAUAACCAAAGGCUACCAAGCGCAGAGCAAGAGUCUCACCUUUUCAGAUAUGAGCACUAAUACAUUGUAUAAUGUAGAGGAGGAAGAUGAAAAUGAUCCAGCAAGGUUCAACCUUCCCUGUAGCCCAUCCAUGGUGAUACAUAGGCGGUUGACCUCAACACCGCCACCUUCUCAAGAAUAUGAGGAAGGGACAAGAUAUCUGUCAGAUCAAGUCUCCAAGAGCCUACCUUUGCAAAAGUCUAUUCUUGACCAACUUCAUGGUGUGAUUAAUAAAUUCUCUACUGGAAUUUCAGACUUUAACUCAAUUAUACCAAUACCAGGACCAGACAAUGGAGUUGACUCCAUCUAUCCCACUCAGAAAGUGCUUCCACUUCAGAUGGCGGCUUUCAGUGAAGGUAUAGACUCCUCCACAGAGGAGGUAGAAAAUGAAAAAUUAAACCUUAUUCGGGAUUAUAUGUAUGAUAGCACAGAUACUCCCGAUGAGGACCUUGUUCCAAGCAAACUAGUACUGGAGGACUCACCGGCUUUAACACCUCCUUCUCCUUUUCGGGAUUCAGUAGCUUCUGGCAGUUCUGUGCCUAGUUCACCUGUGUCUGAGUCAGUGCUUUGUACGCCCCCAAGUGUGAGCUAUGCUUCAGUCAUGUUAAUGGACUUCAAGCAGACUUCAUCCACCCUGUAGGCAAAAUUUUUUGCAAGACAAAACAGGGCUUGUAAAUUCGCAACAAAAUAGGACAAUUUCUAACAAAUAACAAAGCAAAUAAGUGUCCUGCACUAAUACUGAUCUCUAUGAGGGCUCUUAACUUUUCUGUGUUUGUUCACUGUAUUGCAAAUCAAGUAAAAACAGUGUAGUAUAUUUAAAUAAGCACAAACUUGUAACAUACAUCUAAGGAAAUAUAUAAUACACUAUUGUUAUUCAUAGUCAACAGUUUUGGUAAACCUAAUGCAUCUCAAUUUCAUCGAUCUAAGCAGACACUCAUCGUGGAUCUUAACCUGGAACUAAAACAAUAUCAUCCUGUAAGUGGACCUCUGUAUAUGUAUGAUUACUUAAAUGUGUAUAAGCCUAGGUUUGUCCACUAAUAAUAAUUUAUAUUGUUUUGCAGAGACAUGUAUUGUCAAAGAAUUUCCUAAAUAUAUAUAUAUAUAUAUAUUAUACAUUUAAUUUACUUCUUAUUCUAUAAACAGUUACAAUUACUAAAAGUUUAUAUUGCUGUUCUUUGAAUUCCCUUUAUAGUUUAGAAUUUAGACUGGAUCUGUAUCCAAACAAUGCAGUAUAUAAUACUUAUUAAGUUUAAUUAGGUUGUUACAACCUUAUUAAUUCAUUUAGUAAAACCUUAGAAAGUGUUUUAAUUGUCCAUCAUAUAUUAAUUCAUUUUAAUAUAGGUCACUGCUCAUUACAGUGCUAGAUCAAAGUUGUAUUUUAUCAUAUUUUCAUAUGUAAAAAUAAGUAUGAUCAAAUUAUUAUUUAUUUAUAUGUUCAGUGUGACCUCUAUACUUAAAGUGGACCACAAAGUAAAGGUUUUCUCCUGUAUUGGGCAUACAUUACAUGUAAUGACCUUCUAACUGCUCCCUCAUUAAACAAAUCUACCACAAACCCAUUGGAAAUUUCAGUUUGAGGCUGGCCAUACAUGGCUUGAAUUUGUCCUGCCGGUACCAACUAAACAUAGUUGGAAAACUGAAGAAACUUGGUGAAAAAUUGUUGGCUGAAUAUUGGCUGCAUCCUAAUAAAUGCAAUCACUCUUCGGGUAUUUAAACAUCUGUGGGUAUUUGAGUUGCUUGAAUACAAUAGCCAGCAGCAUAGAUUCUUCCAGUCAUGCUAUUUAACAUGGACGGAGGAAUCUAUUAGAUUCAACCAGAAUGAGAAAAAUCUAUAUGUGUAUGUCUAUCUUAAGUGUUAACUUGCUGAACAGUGCUGAAACAAACAAAAAGUUUUGUAUAUUUUUCCAUACCUUAUGACAAGCCUGGCCAUAAUGGCAACAAGUGUUGCAUUGUGGCAAGCAGGGCACAUGCUCCCUCACACCUUGAUUUUUCAGGUGAACAUUCAGAGGACCAAAGUAGGGGCAUGAGCAGAAAGUAUUUUGUGGGAAAAUAGAGAGAACCUGUUACUUUGCCCAAUAAGAGCAAAGUAUAGGUCCAUUUUAAAAAGGCUUAUCGUGCCAAGCAGGAGAAAGCUGCCUCACAGACAUCGAGAUGGUUUUCCCAACAUCUGGCUGGCUUUGCAAUGAUCAGCUGCCAAUUGUUAUGUUUAUGUUUAUUUCAAGGUCAGAGCAGAAAAUAUCCCCUUUCCUAACUUUCUAUUAUGCCUUUUGGACAUGUAAAUGGAAACUUCCCUAAUGUUACAUAAGCAGUAUAAAGUCACCAGACAGAGGUUUUAAACCUUCCCUAAUCUUUAUACAUAAAACUUGAACAAAGGGCAUUUAUUGCUAGUUAGGUGUAGGGGUAGAGGGAAAAGGUAUAAUACUUGCCUUAUACCUCACUCUAGCAAACUCUCUCCAUCUGUGUGACUGGUCCCUGGAAGCCUCUUCUCUAAAACAGCCCAGCUGGCAGUUGCUCGUUGAUGUCAUCAAGUACAAUGCAGGACCAAUAGUCAUGAAUUGUAUGUGAAUAAAGGCACGUACACGCGAUCAGAUUUUCAGACAGAAUUGUGUAAUGGCAGGCU